AUGGCGCAGCCUCUGGACACAGCUUUCCGCUGUGCCAUGCUGCGUCUGGGUCAGCGUCGCAUUAUGCACCAGAGCCACUCGCACAUACCCCCAUGGCGCUGA